AUGGAACUUGUGUUUGUAUUGAGUUUUGUUUCUUUUGGAUUAGCUUAUGAUAAAGCGUCCUUCUACGGUGCUAGCUAUAUAUCGUAUCCACUUCAAGAAGCAAAAGGUAUUACCGAUAUAAGUUUUAGAUUUCGUACCCAUCUCUCUGACGCUCUUUUGCUUCUGGCUGCUGGUAAAACCGAUUACUGCAUGAUCCGCUUGGAAGGUGGCAAGUUAAAGUUGCAUAUUAACCUUGGGGCCGGUGAGAGUGAACUUUCUUCAGCAAAAGGUACUUACCUUAAUGACACUCAAUAUCAUCAUGUGAGCAUCAUUAGAAGAGAAGCAAACCUUACAAUGAAGGUGGACGACAGCGUUGUUAAGAAAAAACUGCCGGGUAGAUUUUUCGAGCUGAACAUCCAUUUCGGUAUCUUUUUGGGUGGGCAAGGAGAUUUCUCGGAACUAUUUCUCGGUCAUAUGGAAAAUUUCCGCGGCUGCAUGGAAGAUGUGUACUACAAUGGAGUCAAGAUAAUAGAAAAGGCUCGUAGCCGCAGCGGUUCCGUUCACGUCGAAGGUGUAACUUGGAAUUGCGCGUUGGAGUUCGAUGCCGACAUUAGUUCCGACAUAAGUUUCAUUGACGAAGGGGCAUAUUUGAUUCUACCGAAGAUAAACUCUAGAGCCGGCGGCAGGUGGCAGAUAGAGUUUAAAACAAUAACACCGAACGCAGUAAUACUAUACAAUCCGGGUGGAGGUCGUGGCUCAGAUUUCUUGGCUGUGGAGAUGCUAGAAGGAGUGGUCAGGGUGAAAAUGGCUAAGAGUCAAAUCGUCCACACGGCGAGGGUCAACGACGGACAAUGGCACAAAAUGCAUCUGAUGUUCAACCCGUCGGUCAUCGAGCUUUCCGUUGAUAAUGUGGCGUUGAGUACUCGCAUAGAAAGCGGCGGUAACAGAUAUCUAGAUCUCUCUGAUACCUUCUAUCUAGGUGGUAUAGAAGCUGAGAAACGACAAAGAGCCUUCGCUAGAGGUGUAAAAGCAGCUGAUUCUAGUAUCAUGGGUUGCAUCAAACCAAUCGAGGUGGACGACAGGUUGUAUGGUCUGCCUAACGCGGUUGUCACAUACGGUAUAAGUCCGAAGUGUGUUUGGUGGUACCCCUGCCAGAGCGCCCAUCCAUGCGUGCCACAAGCCGUCUGCGAGCAACACGGUCUAGAUCACUUCACUUGCAAGUGUGAUAGCGAUCUCUGCAUAAAUCCCGACUACGCUGAAAAAUAUAAGGUAUUUUCAAAAUCGAGUAGUGAAUUGGAACUGGUCACUUUAUAUCCUCUGACCGUCCAAGAGGGUGGUGUAGCUGUUAUAACAUCACAGAACAUAGAUGUCGUAUUAGACCACCAUAAGUAUGGCGUUCGUCCAUCUGGGGUACUCCUGCAUGUGGCAAGAUCGCCACAACACGGCCGCAUAGCCAUAGAUCUCUCGCUACAAAGGAACGCGCCACAGUACACAAAUUACGUGGACGGUGAAAAAGCAAAACAGUUCUUCACUCUCAUGGAUCUUACCAGAGAUAAGGUUCGCUACGUCCACGACGGUUCAGAAAAUCACCAAGACGCUAUAGUACUAGAGAUGGAACUCAUACCUGAGACGAAGUUCACACUGCCAAGCUACCUCCAAGGACGAAACACGUUCGUCCUACACGUAAACGUAACGCCGGUCAACGAUCCACCAGUACUUAAUUUGUUGCCAGGGAAAAUAUUAAGAUUGACUCAGGGAACAAGAAAGGUUAUAACCUCCGACAUUUUGAAAGCAGAGGAUCCCGAUACACUGCCCGAAGAUCUUUUGUAUACUGUACUGCAUGGAAAGAAUGAAGCAAAUAGCGGCCAUAUCGAGAUGUCCGGUCAGCCCGUGGAUUCUUUCACUCAGCAAGACAUCGACUCCGGUAUAAUAUCUUACGUCCACGGUACAACUAGCGACAAGCAGUUGAAUAAAACAUCACUGAGACUGACAUUACAGGUCUCUGAUGGCAUAGAAACUAGUGGUCCGGGCGUUCUCCGUAUAUCGAUAGUACCGCUACAAGUGCGUCUUGUUAACAACACCGGAUUGUUCCUAGUGCAUAACUCGUACGCCAUAAUAACAGCCGACAACCUAACAUUCGCCACUAACGCAGACGAAACCAACGUUCAAGUCAAAUAUGACGUAGUUAAACCACCUCAGUUCGGUGUUGUUGAACGUCUCCGUGUACUAGAUGGCACUUGGCAAACUGUUGACACAUUCACCAGUGAAAUGAUUAGUGCCGGUAGAGUUCGCUACAUGCAUAUACUAGGAAACCCAUCGCAUGAUGAAUUUAAGUUCAAAGCGUCCGUCGGCACAGUACGAACGAACACUUUAUACGAUUUUCGAUUGACUUUCAUCAAACUCGAACUAUAUCAGAUGACGAACGAAGAAUUGGUUUUGAAUAAUACCAGAGAAGCCUUCAUUUCCGAUCAACACUUACGUUUCAAAACGAAACCGCUUUCGCUGGCAGGUGACAGGAUACUAUUCACAAUAAUCAAACCACCGAAGUAUGGAAUCCUACAUCUGUCAUCUGGCAAACAUCAUUUGCAACUGCACAGCACUUUCACGCAACACGAUAUCGAUUCGGAUCAGUUGUGGUACAGAUUACAUAGACGCGCAUACUCUCACAUACAAGACGAAUUCACCUUCGUGGUAGGGGCUACGGAAUGUGAGAAUAUCACGGGAGUAAUGACAAUAAGACAUGUGCCGAGCACAUCCAGUAACGAUCACUUGUCAGGUAGAAUACAUACUACGUUGGAGAGAUUGCAAGUCAUAGAAGGUUCCAGAAUGGCGAUACCAGCUACUCACCUUAAUUUCAGAACGGAUUCCAUAACGAAUCUAGUGUUCAAUAUAACGCGUCCACCUAAACACGGCAAAAUUGAAGUCAUCAGCGAUCAUUUGAAAAUUCUUAGAGACAAUACCACGUAUUUCACUCUACAGGAAUUGAAUUCCGACAGAGUUUAUUAUACCCACGAUGACUCGGAAAGUAGGCACGAUUCCUUCCAUUUUAUGGCAUUAAGUCCUGAACCGGAAGACUUUCAGUACGUCGGAGUUUUUCAUAUUGACAUCAUAUUGAAAAAUGACAAUAGUCCAGUGCGGGCGAAUGAAAAAGUGUUUCAUAUAGUUCACGGAGGAGCGAGACUUAUAAUGGCCAGGGAUUUGAGCUACACCGACGCUGACUUGGACACUAAGCCUUCAGACAUAGUGUAUACCGUACAGAGAUUUACAAAAGAUCCACCAAACGGUGGAAUAUUCCGUGCCGAUAAUCCAUCAGAACAAAUAGCUCAGUUCACACAAGACGACAUCAAUAAAAACCUUGUAAUGUUCAAGCAUCAAGGCAAAGAGUACGGUAAAAUAGCGUUUUGGAUAUCAGACGGUUUAUUCGACGUGAACGGUAAUUUGGAAAUACAAGCUUCACCUCCCUUCAUAAGAAUGUAUCCAACUAACGGUUCAAUUGUGGAGAAUGGAAAAUCCGUCGUCCUAACUACCAAAUACAUGCAGGUGGACACUAACAUGAAUUGCCUAGAAGAAGACAUCAGAUACGAAAUAAUACAAGAACCCAAACAGGGUUCUAUAGAAGUUGGUGAAAUUUUGGGAUCAGUUGCAUUCACUCAGUUAGACAUAGCGGCUGGAAGAGUUGCUUACAAACACAGGGAGCCCAAUACACAAAACGAUGCUUUUAGGUUUAAAGUUACGUGCCUUGAGGCCUGGGGAGAGGGUAUAUAUCCUAUUAAAAUAUUUCCGUCCAGUUAUUGGGAACCUCUCAAAUUAACGAAUAAUAAGGCAUUAGUUGUCGAAGAAUCAACUAGCCUGAACAUCACGAGAGAUAUACUAGAAGUUAUGCAUCCGCAAAUUGAACCUUCAAACAUUCUAUAUCAAGUCACCGAUGGCCCUUACCACGGUUGGUUGGAAAUUACCACAGUGGGUACGGUUGAAUUGGAGAAUUACAACGAGGAGCCAGUCCAAACAAAAGUGUUCGAUCAAUCUAUCAUAAACUCGAAUAGAUUAGUCUACGUACAAGCCGGUGUGAAUCGAACCAGAGACAAAAUCAAAAUGGACGUCACCAAUGGGAUCGUUUGGCUUAGAGGAAUAGAACUCACUGUUAUAAUAAUACCGGAGCAUUUUUACGUUGUUUCCUCAAAUCUAACCGUUGUAGAGGGAAUGUCUGUUAGUAUCAAGCAAGAUUUGUUCAGUACAGUUACGGAAUACUACCGCGGGCGAGUCGUCUCGUACAAAGUUGUUCAGAAUCCGAAAUACGGCAAAAUAGUUAUGGAAGAGCAAGAAUUGACAUUGCUACCGGUACUAAAGUUGAAUUCCGGAAAUAUUGUGUACACUAAUGACGGCUCUGAAGAGUCAACUGAUGUGAUAAAGUUGGUUGCGAUCACGGAAACUGGUAAGGAAAGUGAACCGUUCUACCUUCGUAUCAAUAUAGAACCAGUUAACGAUGAACCACCAAUCGUGGCCGCUAACACCGGCCUCUGUGUGUGGGAAGGCGGAACAUUUACAUUCACUAGAAAUGAACUUUAUGUCAACGAUAUUGAUACGCCAUUAAGAAACGUCACAAUUAGAGUGGUGGAUAUUGUCUCUGGUUACAUCGCUACACGAGGCGAUCUAGACACUCCCAUAGAUCACUUCACGCAAGCCGAUAUAGAUAAUAGAAAUGUCGUAUUUGUUCAUAAGAACGGAUCCAAGGGCAAGAUGAUAUUUAACGUAACCGACGGUCUACACGAACUAUCAAAAAUAACAUUCCUUAUAACAACAAAAUCUGUUUCCCUCAAGUUGGUAAGGAAACAUUCACUGCGAGUAUUCCCUCUGAUGAGAGAACCGCUUAACAAUUACCUUCUGAUGGCGAAAUGCACGGAUCCAACUAGACCGAUAGUUUUUAAAAUUGUUAGAGCACCAGCUCUUGGCAGGCUGGUUAUGCUAAGUGGGGAUAACCAUCACAGAUCCAUAACACAAUUCACGCAGAGGGAUAUAAAUGAAACUACAGUCUAUUACGAACAUACCCACCCGUUUUCUGAUCUUUAUACUAACGACUCCUUCAUAUUUAAAGUCGAGGCAGCAUUGGCUAAGCCGGUACUAGAUCAAAUAUUUCAUAUCGAUAUAUCGGUGGCAUCCGGUGGUUUGGCAAAGUAUGUGAAUAUUCCAUUGACUAAAGUUAAAGAGGGCGAUAAAAUUCCAUUGCGCGUGAACGUGACUAAUGUUAUAACAUAUUUGGAGACACAAGCUGGUGUUAGACAACCACAAAUUGAGGCACAGUGGUCGUUACCGAUACACGGUGUCUUAAAUCCUUUGUUAUCGUCGCUAACACAAAGCCAGUUGGAAGAUGGCGUGGUCACAUAUGAGCAUGAUGGCUCAGACACGGUUGACGACAGUAUAGAUAUGGCGCUUUACUUGUUACCAGAUUAUGUUCUAUUGUGUAAUGUUACAAUACCGAUUCAUAUCGUUCCAGUCAACGAUCAACCGUUUAGGUUGUUGACCGACACCCCACAAAUACAAGUUGUGCAAGGAGAAAAUUAUACUUUAACUAAAAACGAUUUGCUCACUGAAGAUGGUGAUACAGUACCAUCGAGCAUACUCUAUGAUAUAAUAAGCGGCCCCACACAAGGUAGACUUGUUAUGAUGGAUGAAAAUCAGACACUCGAUGAGGCGCAAUCAAUAAACAAGUUUACCCAACAGGAUAUAAAUGAUGGUAGAAUUGUAUAUGAACAUUCAGGCAUAUUGCAAACAGCGACAUUCUAUUUCCGCGUAUGGGACGGAGAAUUCAAACCGACCUAUACAGUUUUCACUAUAGAUGUCAUACCAGUUAUAUUAAACGCGUCAUCACUACAUCCGAUAUUCUUGCAACAAGGUUCAAACGUGGCGACUGUGGCACCAGAUCAAAUAUAUGUAGAAACUAAUGCCAAAAAAGAAAAAGUUUGGUACAAUAUAACUAGACAACCGGUUCAUGGGAUGAUAUACUUGGGAAGGAAUCCUGUAACCUAUUUUUCACAUAAAGAUAUAACGGAUAAAGUAGUUAUUUACAUGCAGAAUGAUAUGACGGUAGCGAAUGAUAGUUUUGAUCUGAUCGCCUACGUCCAUAAUAGCAACGCCACACAGCCUUUCACCAUAGACGUUGUAGUGCAACCAUUACUGGUAUUGGGUGAUUUGAAAAUUACUGAUCAGAAAACAAAAAUAACAUUAAAUAAUUUGGAUGCGAAUGAGUUGGCCAAACUCACAGCGAGCGAUCCGGUUUACACGAUAUUGAAGAAACCAAGUUAUGGAAGUAUAAAAAAGAUAAUAAGAAGCUCUGGCGAGAAAACUAGCGCGAGGGAGAGAGAGAUAGCGUAUUUCACUCACGAGGACAUAAAAGCUGGUGUCAUAUACUAUGUGGCGAGGAAGAAAUUGGCUGCCCUAAACGGUGUCCAAGAUAGUCUUGGUUUCCUACUUGCUGCGACAAUAUUCCAACCAGCCACCGGUGAGCUCGAUAUUUAUAUCGGCAAAAAAGGUGAUAAGAAAAGUUUACCUGGACCAAGCGAUCCUGAAGGCCACGAAGGAAUUCCGGUAAAAAAUGGACAAUCAUCAUCAUAUUAUAUGAUGGUCAUAAUGACGUUGCUUGGUGUACUUCUAGCUGUUAUAAUACUAGUUAGUAUAUUGAAAUGUCGUCGUUAUAUGACAAGGGAUCAGAAUGCUAUGGUUAAAAUACACGGGCAGAGUCAGGGCGCGGUCGCUCCUAUACCAUUACCACGACCACCGGACCACUUGAUGCCGUCACCAACACAAGCCAGUCCUCCUAUAAAGAGGUAUGUGUCUUCGGAGCAAUCGGUACACACUGGCACUAGUACACCUCUACCGUCAGGUGGCAGUGUAGCUUGUAAGGUGACCCCAUUAGCGGACGCUGGCCUACCAGACCUCAACGCAAGGUAUCCUUAUGGAGCCGAUGACCAUACCGAUGCGGAAGAUUGGAGCAGCUAUGAGGCUAGCGAGUCAGCGUUCCCGGUCCGCUCAGGCGGUGUCCCCACCAACCCGAUGCUGCGCCGCAACCAGUACUGGGUCUGA